GCCGCCGGGCCGGGCCCUCCGGCGGGCGCUGGCAGCGGGCGGAGGGCGGGCGGGAGCAGCGGGCCGGGCCCCGCUAUUUGUACGGGAGCGGGGCCGAGCCCGCCCCAGUGCCCGCCGCUGCCCGCACCAUGCCGGGGCUCCGCGCCCUGCCGGGGCUCCGUGCCUCAGCGCCCGCCCUCCUGCUGCUCCUCGCGCUCGUCUUUGCCCGGGGCAGCCUCGCCGUGCAGCAGCUGCAGCCCGGCACCCGCUCGGCCGCGGCGGCGGCGUGGGUGGCCCUGCAGUACCGCAACUUCCAGGCGGGAUCCCUCGGCGGGCUCCGGGCGCUCGGGCAGGUCCGCAAGGCUACGCUGAAGAACAUCCCAGAGUCUGGCCACAAGUAUUACCUGCAGUUCAGCACUGAGGACUACAGGACUGGGGAAGAUGCUGGGAACUGCCUGGCUACAGUGCUGUACCCAAAGAAGAAGUCUCGUCCUGUUGUCAGCAUCAAGUGCUCCCACACCAAAGACAAGAAGCAAAUCCAGGAAGAGGACAACACAUUUUACCAAAGGCUCAGGCACCAAAGCAAACCAAUAACUGCAAACAACAUUCCAGACAGCUAUGGCAACAUUGAGCCUGCCCUGGAGCCAGUGUGGACUCUGGCUGUGCUUGGCAGCAGCUCCAUCAUGUGGGAAAAGUCCACAGAGACCUUGGAAUACUUCCUGGCCCAAGUGAAGUCCGUGAGGCAGUGGAUCAGGAAAGACGAUUUUGUUGAGUUUGACUACACUGUGCUACUGCAUGAAAUGCCAACCCAGGAAAUCAUUUCCUGUCACAUGCGCCUGACGUGGCUCCCCGGGCAGCCUCUGAAAGUGAAACAUUUCUGUGAUUCCCACGGUGCAGACCAGGGAUCUGGGGCAGAGUCUGGAUCAGCUGCUGGCCCUUCUGCUGAAAAGGGAGCCAGUUUUUAAGUGAAAUCCUCAGAUUUGUGGAUGUGGAUCCAGUCAGCAAGUCCUUGUGCUGACAGACCUGGAGCUGGGAUCAUCCUUCCAUGCAAGUCAGUGAUUGGGAGCGGCUUCACUGAUUGUUCUGUGCCAAAAUUAAUUCCUGUCACUUCUUCAACGGUGAGAUUCGAGUUCUGCAGCUCUGCCUGAACCUUCUGCUACUCCAUAUAUACACAGAUGAACAUACAGCAGUUGAUUUGAUGUCACUAAUUAACUGUUACUUAAGAGUUUGUAAACAAAAUUAAUAUAUUUGGAUAAAAAUCGUGAGCAAAGCGUUAGUCUGUCACGAGGAGAGAUCUGCCUACUAAUUUUUUGUCAUGUUUUGGGCUAGAAUCAUGCUGAUUUUUAACUCACAUCUGCAAUAAACCAAGUGCCAUCA